AAGAGAAAGCGAGAGAAAAAAAAGAUUACCUCGCGAGACAUCGACGGCCGGACCGAGUUCAGAGGUAGUUGGUCGAACGCGCGGUGCUUCUUCUGAUAAGAGAAAUUUACGAAAGCCGGUCGAAGGUGAGUGGGCACCAGGAGGCGAGAAGAGGGCCCAAGUGAUGGUCGCAUCCGAGAUACGUCGACGUUGAAUGAGCAACUUUGAAGAAUUGCGCCGGUGGCUGAGAUACGACGAAUUCGAUCGCUCAGCCCGUCCUCCAACGCGGCAACCGCGAGCGAAAUAUCGCCGCGCGCGCGCGUACGAGAGAGAUAGAGAGAAGGUGAACAAUUAGUAUAGUUGAUAUUGAAGUCUUCCUCCUGUAUCUCUCUUUUGUGAGAGAGAAUAAUGACGGAUCAAGAAGAAGUUGUGAAGAAUUUGCGAUCAUGCUUGAUAUCGUGCAAAGGCGGUAUCAAAUUGGACAAUUUAUGGGCGGAUUACCGUAUGAUCGCGGGAGAACCAUUACCGUACAGACAAUUUGGAUACCCCACGGUGGACGCUUUCGUACGUACUAUACCGGAUAUUACCGUGACCAAAAGAAAUGGCGAGCUGUACGUGGAAGCUGUGCCCUCCAAGAACACGGCACAUCUCACGAAAUUAAUUUCACGGCAGAAGAGCACACGACGAAAAGUAUCCAAAAAAAAAUGGAGUCCACCUCGUUAUGCCGCCAGAAGUUUCUCACCUGGUUUUAGAACCAAUAAUUCUAGCAACUUUCAAUCUGUUAAAAGCAGCUACGUUGAUUCUCCUGGUUCCUUUACUAAAUCAACGCCUGGAAAGAGUAGCUUAUAUACAGAUUUUAGCAGACCUAUAAUGCCUCUCAUGGGAACUAGAGUGCAGUGUCCGUUCCCGCAUAAUAGCGAGAACCCAAGCUUUGGUCCGGUUACACCACCAGUUUCCCCAACUAAAAGACUGAAAGAUAAAGUGACAAAUAUAGCGACUUUGAAUCAAAACGGCAAUAAUUGUAAGACUAUCGAGAACUUCAAGUGCAAAGUAUUAAAUGACAAGACAGCAGCCACGACUGUGAUAAACGUGAAAUCAAAGACUGCGGAAUCGAAAACCACGAAAUUAAGCGACAGACUCAAAAUUUCUCCCACACAUAUUCCUCGAACACCUUCGUCGCCGACUAGGAAUUAUAACAACGGCAAUAAUGGAAACGUCCUCGCUUCGACCCCUCAAUCUAUCAUCGAUAUGUCAAAAGUGUCGGAUCCUCGAAAAGAGCUGGAAACUUGUGCCAAUAUGAUGAACUUAUCAUCACCUGUAUACAGGAUGUAUUCGAAGAAAGACAAACAUUCUGUCAAAGUCACCAUCUACGCCAGUGUGAAAGUUGGCGUGCACACAUUCCAUACGUUUCCAGAAGACGCGGCCACCGAGCAGGAAGCUGAGAAAAUGGCGGCGCGACUGGCGUUGGUGAACCUCACGAAGGAGGCCGCGAGUCCCGAGGUGACGACCAUCGACACGACAGUGGUGAAGAAGCGGAUUUUGAACAUCGUGACGAGACACCACAGUGGAAUCUUCAUGCAUCUGCUGCCCGAAUAUUAUAACAAGGAGCACGGCGAAGCUCUGCCUCACAACUGGGAGAGGAUUAUCGAGGAAUGCACGGAGAUGAACCAGGAGAAGGGCGUCGGCGAUUUGACGAUACUUUGCCGAACCUCUCAGGAAUUGAAACGAUCCGACAGUAACAACCCGUCGUCCAGAGACACUUCUGAGAUCAUCUGUCUGUCUGGUGAGAAGAUACAGUUGAGUCCGAUCGGGCCCGCCGCGCCCGAUAAAUUGACAGUGCCAGAAGCGACUAUCUGGCACGUGUGCGUCACUCAUGUCGUGAACACCAAGGAAGUCUGGGUCCGGCUUGGCGACGACAAUGACAGCUUUGUCGACAUGAUGAACGAUAUGAAGAAGCACUACAGUCAAGAGAAGGAAUCGGCCUCGGCGUCAGCAGGAUGCAUCGUCGGCCAUUUUUACGCCGUUCAAGAGGACGACUAUUGGCAUCGAGUCCAGUGUAUAGAAUCCGAGGCCGGACUCGUCACGGUUUUCUUCAUCGACGAGGGAUACGAGGAGCAGUACAAAUCCAAUUUGCUGCAUCCCUUGGAGAAGAUAUUCUGCAUCCUUCCCGCUCAGGCGAUUAGAGUGGCUCUUCAUGAACUGGUGGUCUUUCAAGAUUACGCCCAGGCGACUACGGAAGUUGAAAAUUAUCUCAUUUCCGAUCGCAUGUUUUUAGCGACGGUGCACAGCACGGAUACCGAUGAAUAUGGUUCUUUUACAACAGUGACCUUUUACGACACCAGCAAAGAGGACGCGGACGAAAAUGUGAACCAGAUUGUAUUCGACAAAAUUUUAAAUCACAUCAUCGCCUCGUCUAAAACCGCAGCGGGAGAAUUAAUCAAAUUAUAUGUUACACACAUUGACAAGUUCGGUAAGGUCUAUGCGCAGUUGGACACGCUCGUCAGGACUCUGUUGAACGAUGAGAUUAUAUGUCAAGCAUUCGCAAGCAAUGCAGCGAAUUCUUUGAAGGCACUUAACUUUACAAAGAUAUAUCUUGUGAAGUGGAACUCACAGCUGUAUAGAGCGAGGGUGACCGACAUCCCCAACGAUGGAGUAACGGUAUUUCUGGUUGAUGUUGGUAAAACCAUCACGACGUCGAAAAACUUGCUUCCAAUAGAGAACUUUUCAAAGACUUUACAGUGCAUUCCUCCGCAGGCGACACAAAUCUAUCUGGACACCAUCACUCCGUCGAUGUAUGACGAUAAGCUCGUGGCCAGAUUCCGCGAACUAGUCUCGGACACGGAUCUGCUUUUGGCAAAAGUCAUCAGAAUAGCAUCCGGUGGAAUACCGGUGGUGGAGAUAUUUAAGAGAGUCGGAACGAAUGACAUGCUGGCCUCCAUUAAUCAAGCAGUGAACUUGGACAGCCAGCUAUUAAAAGUCAACGAAGACAGCAACAAUAAUAUCAAGGCCAAGAAACGCGUGGAACGCAGGAAUUCUCGCGCCCUCGAGCCUGUCGGUAAAUUGAAUCCGCCCACGAUCUCGGAUAUCGGCCAGUACUUUGACGUUCACAUAACGUUGGCCGCACAUCCGGGACACUUUAUCGUGCAACCAUUAAAUGAUGCGAAUGAGCUGAAAGCAAUGAUGGAAGAUCUGCAAAAGUGCUACAUCACAUACGAUGGUCCAUUGUUGGAAACUGUCAGCGAGGGCAUGCUCUACGCGGGGAUAUUCAACAAUGACUGGUACAGGGUAUACGUCACCAAUAUUAUCAGCGAUAAUGAAGUGUCUGUGUACUUCUGUGACUUCGGUGAUGUGACGAUAGUGCAACACAGUAGUCUGCAGCCGUUGAAAAGCGAGUUCCUAAGAUUGCCGUAUCAGGCAGUGAAGGCAAAACUUGUUGGAAUAGAACCAAUGAACAACGACUGGUUAGUAGGCGAUUGUGUGAGGUUCAAGGACUUGGUGCUGGACAAGAACUUCGUCUCGGUGGUCGUCGAAUCGGUGUUUGACCACUUCUCUCCUGCUAACACCAUGCUCGGCUUAAGAUUGAUCGACGUCAGCACCGAGAAAGACAUAUACAUUGACAGACUGUUGGUGGAAGAGAAGCGUGCCAAAUUCAUCGAUGGAUUCGAGGAGAAUCUUUCGUCGUCUAGUUAGCUCGUUACAAUUGGUUUGUAAACGACAGCAACAUUUUCUUUAUGAUCGCCUUAUCCUCUUAUAUACACGGCGUUAUACCGUGAAACGUGAGUUCCUCGUAAAAGUACGAUACGUAAAUGAUUAAUAAAUCGUAAAUCAUGAUACGUAAAUGAUACUUUUUUUUCUCCUUUCACGACACGGUAUAAUGAAGCGUGCGAGUAUUAUAAGAGGAUAACAUACAAGCAUCUAUAUUUUAUUUAAUUACAAAAAAAUUUCUUUCUAAUUAAUUUUUUUUUUUUUUUUUUUCCCUUUUUUUUGGAAAACGGGGACAGUAUAUGCGCGUAGUAAGAUUUUAUUUAUCGAAGCGUCUGUUUUACUAUUUGUCUUCAUACAGAGGCUUUAUAUGUCCUACGAAUAUAAGCUACAUGUGCUAUGAGAUUUUUUUGUUUUUUCACAUUCGCUGAGUUUAUUGUCAAUUACGUUCUUGUUAUCGCGGUUCGUUAAGGGAUGUAUUACUGUUGAAACUCCUUGAUAUGUGUAGUUUAUUUACUCGGAGAGAUCAAGUUUUAUUAUAGCUCUGUUGUAUUUCCGAAAGGAUUGUUCAAUUCGCGUCGGAUAUUCUUAUUAGCAGUGUUGCGUUACGUUUUUCCUUUUAAUUUUCUUUUUGUCGUUCCACAAAUUCGCAGGAUUGUUUCAUAUUAGACAAAACAGUAUGAUUGUCUGACGACAAGAGAUUGGCUGUGUAUAAUAUAUAUUAUGGAUAUUCAUUAAUAAACUAAGCAACAACAUUCCAUAUCUAGAACAGUAAAUAAAAAAUAAAUACAUAUGUAACUCUUAUUGCAUAACGUGAUGCGAUUUGAUUUAAGACUUGUUCUGCUUGUGUGUCCGCUUAGAAAAUCUCGGACAAUAAAAUGUGCAAUAUAAUUUAAAAAAAAAAAAGGAAUUGUAAGAGUAUAAGAAUUUUGAGAUAAAAGUUCACGGACAAAAUCAAUGAAAUAUGUUUAAACGGAACUGACAAAAGAACUUAAAGCAGGACAAAUCUACGGUUGUUGCAAACAUUUUUUAAAUGGUAGAUUAAACCGUCUUCUUGAUUAAUGACUUUGGAUUACAAUCCGUACUCGCGUAGAACUGCGCGUAGUAGGCACAUUGUGGAGUGGCGCAGUUGUUGGAUUCAGAGUUAUGAUGGACUCAGAGUAUAUUCCAGAAAUUUCUUCCGGUUGCUUUUCUUUUUUUUUUUUUAAAGUCAAGACCACUGUACCUCGAUACGUAUCUGUGUAUACGAAACAUUUAAUUUUUAAACACAUGGCGUUCUCAUAUGUGCGUCUCCAGUUUAAAAAUAUUUCGGAUUUUGCAUGUGGUUCAAACACGGUUAAUCAUUUGUAAACAUUUGUAAUCAGUUCAUGAUUCGGAACCGUUUCUCUUGUCGCCAUUAUUACAAGUGCGUACCGUUUUCUCACGAGAUUCUCACGAGGUUUAGUUGUAGCAAAUAUUUUUAUUUUUUUAUUGAUCUGAAAUUAAAAUUUGCGUAUGUAAUAAAAUUUCUGUACAACCA